CAGAGAUCGGCAUGUUGAGGUGUUAUGGCAAAACAUCGAACCAGGUAUAAAAAGACAACUCAUCUUAUUUCCCAUCACAACAACACCUGGGCCCAGUUGUUCGAAGGUCGAUUAACGCUUAACCCGGGUUUUAUUUUCUUGUGUUGAAAAGAAUUUUCUCGGAUAAUUUUCUCUGUUAUUUUUAGCGGUUCCAAUCAUCAACUUGUAGACAAAAAGAAUCAAACAUGAAAUGCUUUUUAAGCUUUUAAAUCUAAAUACAAAUCACGUACUAACCCUGGGUUAUGUUAAUCCAGCUUUGAACAACUCGACCCUGAUUGAGAGUCGGCAUUUCGGCACUGGCCCCGGGGGGAGGGGGGGGGGGGGGGGGGGUUGGGGUAAUCAAAAAGGUUUUCUAAGGGAAGGCUCCGCCUUGAGGUCCAACCCUUUACCUUUUAUACACCAUUUUGACAGAAAAUGUACCCCCUCUCGUACACCUGGUUUAGAAAUUUUCAUCCUUUUUAACUACUGUAAAUACACAGUCUUUAAGAUACCGUAAAAUUCCGAAUAUAUGCCCCUCUAAAUACAAGCCCGCCAAACCGGUAACGCAAAAAACCCUCCGUUAAAUCGCCCCUCCAAAUAUAAGCCCCCCGGGGGCUUGUACUUAGAAAAUUGACCUCAAAUACAAAGUAAAACAAAGCAAGAACGGUAAAUUUACUUCCAAAUAAAAGGCUAGCCCAUUCGAUUUUGAAACGCAAAUUUUCCUCCGUAGAUAAGCCCCUGCGGAAUAUAAGCCCCCCCAAAAAUAAGCCCCUCAAAAAGGGCCUUUGAAAAAUAUAAGCCCCGCGGCUUAUUUUCGGAAUUUUACGGUAUGAAUAAAUUACAAAACCAGUACAUUGUAUCGACUUUUGCACAGCCGUAACAUGCAUCAGUGUAGCGCUUUUGAAGCCUUUUUACCAACCGAAAUGACAGAUUUCCCUACCCUUUCAUGUACUUCAACAAGUGAAAUCCCCACCCUUUAAUAUACCGGACGGAGCCUGCCCGUAUGGACCAUUAUAGGAACUGACUCCCCCCUCCCCCCCUAGGCCUGACAGCCGCACCUUGGCAAUUUUACGAUGCUUCCAUGUAUUGAAAUAGAAGGUUAUCGAUCCAAAAAAUACUUCCAAAAAAAAUAGAACGCCCAAGAGCGACGGCCGUUUUCAAUCAUUCUUCACACACGCGUUUGAUUGACAAUUACAAAGCUCAUGGCCAAUUCGUGCGCAGUCCACGUGUUCCAUCCUGGAAGAACGCUUAUUACUGUCUAAGUUAAAUGCGUUUAACGUUAAUACAUUAGGUCAACAAUUUAAGAACUAGAUUUAAAACAGUCACUUUGAUAUGGUAGCGACCGUUGAGUGAAACUUGAAAUGUACUCUUCUGGUCCAAGGAGGUUUGGUUCCUAGUUUUGGAAUGGUUCUCAAUGAUAUACAAAUACUGAAUCUUUACAUUUUCCAUCAUUUCCAGGUCAAGAGAAAAACUUUAAGAAGUACGAUCACGGAAAAGUGGACACCCUUGGCCUCUCUUACGACUAUUACUCGGUGAUGCAUUACGAUAGAUUUCUAUACUCCGUCGAUGGAAAAAGGCCAACGAUCAUAGCCAGAGGAAAGCCAUGGAUAAGACUUGGAGGACAGUUGAGGGGAACUUUGACAUCAAACGACGUCACAGAGAUUAAGAAGUUAUAUGACUGUGAUUAAGGUCAAGAAGCGCGCUCUUUUGUUUUCUAAUAUCUCCACCGAUGGUUGAGGCGUAUUGUUUCCACACUGUAAGGUAUAAUAUUAAGCACGAUAGUUUUUGCAAUUCAAGAGCUACCGCUUUUGAAUCAAAAAAUAAGAAAUUCACCUUGCGCAUCAGUAACAAAGGCACAUAAGAGCCCCCCCCCGGGGGAAGUUUCAUAUGAAAGAGACGGGGAUGCUUCCAGGAAAUUAGCUCUUUCCAGGCGUUCAGAUGAAAGAGCGCGGCAGUCAGUGGGGUCAGUGGGGAGCGUACGCGGGGAAAACGUUGUUUUUUCUUCGUAAAUUUUUCUUCCGCGUUCCGACUAUCUGAAAGCCUGAAAAUUA